ACUUUUUUUGAGCUAUCAAUUGAAUCCAGCUUUUCCUUCUGAUUGGCCUCUACGCUGUAUUCAACCGGAAGUAAUCUAUCCAAGUGCGAUCUAAUGUCAAAAGAGACUUUUCCCGUUGGAUUUGAAGGCGCAGAAAAAAAAAUUGAAAUCCGUUUUCGGGAAGAUUUUUGUAACCCAAAUGGUCUUCGAGCAAUCUUGGCAGCACAAUGGCAAACAGAAAUAUUGGACAUCAUUCACUGCAACAUUAUCAGAUCGUGCACGAACGAAGUCUUCGACUCAUACGUUCUCUCUGAAUCAUCGCUGUUUGUUUAUCCGUUUAAAGUCAUAUUGAAAACUUGUGGUAUGACAACUCUACUAAACUGCCUGCAGCCCCUCAUCGACUUAGCGCAAGCGAAGUGCAAUCUGGCGCCAGAGUUCGUGUUCUUCUCCAGAAAGAACUUCAAGUUUCCGGAGCGGCAGCUUUCUCCGCAUAAAUCGACCACAGAAGAACUUGCAGUGCUGAACAAGAUAUGCUCCGGAAAAAUGCACGUUUUCGGGCCGAAGAACGAAGACCACUGGGUAAUGUACUGCGCGAGAAUUGCGAGACCGCAGCUCGCGCCUGACAGACAGGACAAAACGCUAGAGAUCCUUAUGGAAGACCUAGAUCCUGGCGUCAUGAAGCAGUUCUAUAGAGAUCACCCAGGUUUUAUAUCUGCCUCGGAGACGACCCAGUCGUCUGGUAUAUCAUACCUCGUUGCCGGGGCCACAACGAGCGAGGUCCAGUUCGAUCCUUGCGGGUUUUCCUUAAACGCCCUGUCCGACGAAUCGUAUUACACUAUUCACAUCACCCCGGAGCCGGAGUGCUCCUAUGUUUCGUUCGAAACCAACAAGCACGCCGCGAAUUACACAGAGCUCAUCGCUGCUGUAGUCAAGGUGUUCAAGCCGGCGAAGUUCAUUGUCACGCUGUUGACAGGACCUUACUCGCAGCUGGCCGCGCCGUCCCCCAACUACGAUUCAGAACACUUAGAAAGCCUCGGUUACCACACCUUGCACGCCUUGCACGUCUACAAAGACGACGUCCGGGACUACGGGUUGCAGUACGCCUCCUUCAAGGCGAACGCGGCCAUGUGCGUCCCCCACGCCGCGAACCCGCGCAUCGUGGACACGGAAAUCGUCAGCUCGCCCUACGCCGUUUACUAGCAGUUAGCCGUCCGUCAAUUUUCAUCCGACUCCUCAGACGAACCCGCGACAUGCAGUACCUGCUACCGCAAAAUAAAAUCGCCCUCUCCUGUACAAACUGUACAAACACACGCAUAUACAGACAACACUCGCCCCUUCUUUUUCCGCAUACACUGCCCCACACACAUCUCUCGCUCUCGACGGAGUCCCUUCGCCUUGCCGGGCGCCUCCUCUCGCGCAACGAGUCCCUCAGCCCUGCCGGGCGCCCUCGCUCACGCAACGAGACCCUUCACCUUGUCUGGCACUUGGCGGCGCGAGCGCCCGGGCAGCAGGUUGAACCACCUGAACAGCGCCCUCCAGCACUUGUUUAGCAGGUAGCAGGUCUCGGGGAGCCUUGCUGAGGCCAGCGUCUUUGCCGCCUCCGCCUGCACUGCGAACGCUUUCGAUCCCCAACUGAAGUCAGUACUUUUCCUCGUUUUUUUUUUUUCAAUCAAGCGCCCCCAACAACACACACGUACGCGUCGAUGCCAGCUGGCCCCGCUCGUCCAACAAGAACCGGCCCACCUGCUCGCACAGCUUCUCGACUUUCCCCCACUCGCGCGCCCCGGCGCCGGCGACCGCCUCCAGCACCGUGCUGAGGCCCCGCACCAACACCACUUGCUCCUCCUCGAGCCAUUCCUUGCGGUCUGGGCGCCUCUCGAUCGCCGGCUCGAUCACGCCAACGCACAGUUCCUCGUACAGCCACGCCCAUCCCUUUUCCUUCGACGCGAUGUACACCGCGCGCAGAACUUCUAGCGCCAAUGCGCUCGAAACGCGCUGUUUUCCCUCGCUGCUGUCAAAGUACGCCCUCAACAGCCCCAGCGCCCCCGAUGUCCAUUUUUCCACCCGCCCACCACCCACGCCGUCUCCGUCUGGCACUCUGCACCCCAGCGCGCUCUCGUACGCUUCCCUCAGCCCGCCCCCGCACGACUCUACACCGCAAAGCAACAACGUCUGAAUCGCCCCCUCUAACAUCCCCAUUCGCCCGGACCUCACCACCGCGCGCCACCCGCACGCCACCGCCAAAACCUCCAACACGCACGCGCCGACGCCGCUCCCCUCCGCCAACAACUCGUACACCAGCACCCUCGCCCUCAACAGCUCUCCCAUCUUCUCGCACAACCUCGCGCACCAUCGACAGUACAUCGCGCGCCGAACCUUCUCGAACGAACAGAAAACAACCCCUCCCUCGUUGAACCACCUUCCGCUCUCCUCAAACACCGCCCUGUACAACCUCCUCAAUAAACGAUCCAUAAACGCC